AUGUUCCACAUACCAGCCGAAGUUAUUCACUCUUCAGAAAAAUCAAGGUUCAAAGGUAUAGGUAAUUCUUGCACCCUACGUUGGAAUCUUUCCAUUGCUUGGAUUCAUGUUACAGACAGUCCAAUUUGCGGCACCGUUACGAUAGGGAGAGCAGAGUUCGACAAAUCGGCAGACCUUCAAAAUGGAGGUAGCGACCUUCUACUAGAAUCGACCACUGAUCUCCCCUUCAAAGUCAUAAAGAAGAAAGUAUCGCGGAAAGGAAUCCAAAACCUGCGGCAGCGGCUCAAAGCGAAUGGAGUGAAGUAUACAGAGGAAAGCUCGUCAGCAAAUGAGGCGAUCGAUGCAUGGCGACAGCAGUGUGUAACUAUCUCGAAAGGAGCUGGUAGUCGACCAGCAAAUAAGCCUAUUCACUCAAUACCAUGCAAACUGCACUAUGAUGGGCCAGCUCCUGUUUCUGGGUAUUUCGUGACUGAUGAAUGCAGUGACGGUAGAAAAACGGCCGCUUUUCGUGGUCAUGGACUGGAAGGAGUGAACCUCGACGUGCCAUCUGGCUAUGAGCUAUACGUCCUAAACAAGCGAGGUGAGGACUUGCCAUAUUUUCGUGCAGCAGUGACGUUUGGAACUGGUGCCUUAUGGACCUUUCAGCACAAAAUCAAAUGUCGGCUGUAUGAAUGUUGCGACCAUCCUUACUUGAAUCCACGGUUUGAUAGUAAGUUCUGA